AUGACUAUUAGAAACACGCCAGCUGUAGUACGGGUACCUAACUUCGUAGCAGCUUCUGAUCCAGAGUCAUAUUAUUACAGUUUACUAAUCCAGUAUAUGCAGUAUCGCAAUGAGGCCGAACUUUUAGGAGAAUUUAAUAGUGCCAGAGAUGCGUUUCUCGCCAACGAAGAAAGUUUAAGACAAACAAACGCCUACUUGGAAAUAUAUCGUGAACGUCACAGGCAGCUUGAAAAUGCAUUCGCGCAAGUACACGCAUUUCAGAUACUGGAACACGCAGAGCCGAUGGAACUAGACCAUGAAGAAGAAGUUCCUUAUUUGCCAAUGAAUGAAGACCAGUUCUUACAGGCUAAGCAGUCUAUGAAUGCAGGACAAAAGGAAAUUUUUACAUUAGUUACCCAGUCCAUACAAAAUCAAAUGUCAGGUGCUGAAGAACGUUUAAAAAUAUUCUUUACAGGAGGAGCUGGUGUGGGCAAGACUUUUCUAUUAAAGUUAUUACGAGACCAAAUUAAUAGGUGUUACGCAAAGGAUGCGGUUAAAGUCUGCUCACUAACAGGAGUUGCAGCUAGAUUAAUAAAUGGAGCUACGAUACACAGUACUUUAAAAUUGCCUGUACAGAAAGACGGUCGCAUAACAGACACGAGUGAUGAGUUUGCAAUAGACAAAGCGUUAAGGGUAUACCCCACAAAUCAACAAGUUAACGACCACAACUCUGCUGUAUUGAAUUUGUACAGAAAUAAUGGUGCUCGCAUUUACAAAAUACAAGCGCAGGAUCAGCUAGUACACGCCACACGAAAUGCAGACAAUGUGGAUAUAGCUACUAUAAUAACAGCUGAUAUCAACAAAACUGGGGGUUUACCAGCAGAACUGCAAAUAUUUGUGAGGGCAAAAGUCAUGCUACGGUCCAAUAUUGACGUUUCAAAGGGAUUAGUAAAUGGCGCUAUAGGCUACAUCAACGAAAUCGUUUGGCCUCAAUUUCGUCGAACUCAGAUGUAUGCAACAGAUGUACCUUCCGUCCGAAUUGAUUUCGCAAGAGACGGAGUACAUCUUAUACACCCGAAAGCCAUACAGUUUCCAGCUAAGUACAAUUACGGGACGGCUGAAAGAAGAAUGUUGCCUUUAAUACUAUCAUGGGCUUCUACAAUACAUAAAAUGCAGGGCGGCACUGUGGAUCACGCAUUCGUAUGCUUAGGUGCGAAACUGUUUGAAGAAGGUCAAGCCUACGUGGCUCUUAGUAGAGGUAAACCCCCAACAAGGAGUCAUCGCAUUCUCGCUUUGGUUCCACCUGAACAUGGAAGAUCUGAUGCCAGUGGUGAAUCUUCUGGGGAAGAGGGUGAGGAAUCUCAUCUAUUUCGAAAUUGCGUAUUUUCAGACACAUCUUCUGAAAAUCCUUCAAUUGACUCAUCCCUAGAGCGACUGGACUUGUUAUCUGAAGACAAUUUCGGACCCACUCUUGACCCUGAUCAAAAUUUCUUUGCACAAGAAUCAAAUUCAGAAGAUGAAACUGCACCGUCCCAUAUCCGUCAUCCAUGUUUUAUACCCGAAUCUGAUACUGAAUAUGAGCAUUCAUCACCACACAUUCUACAAAACAUUAUUUCGCCAAAAACGAAUACCAACUAUGCUGAGGAUGAAAUUCAAGUGAUAUUACCAGAAGAGUCGUCACCCAUUGCGGUAAUGCCUUCUUGCUCAUCCUGGAAUGGAGACUUACCAUCUAUUCCGUCUAAUAUUUCAUCUCUUCCCUCUGAACCGUUUCCUACGCCAUCAACAUCAGCUGUGAGUAAAAAAAAAUCUCCCGCAAAAAGAUUGUCAAAACGAAAGAUUACAAAACAACAACAGCCUGCUCCUACUAAAAAGAAAACAACAUAUAGACAACAUUGUGCAACCUACUUAUGA